UGUUACGUGGGAGUCACGCAAAUUGAAGGAUACACGCGAUCCUAUUUAGCGCGCGUUACAUCCGAUUAGAAUAUGUCGCGUAAGUCUUUAAAAAGCAAACGAGGGGAAAAGGUCGAGCACGCUGCAGCGACUACACCGCUCCGGUGGUGGCCGAGAGAUGACUAUACUACUGCCAAGAGAGAGAACGAUAAGCCUCUAUUAUCAGCCAGCUUUAAAUGAAGCGAGAUUGAUCGCGUAAAAAUAACUGGCGCGCGGCACAAAAAAGAGGAUCACGUGGCGGGAAUGCGCGCGAGGUGCACUUUGCGACGGCGACUAUAUCGGUGCGCCUUACGCGUUCGUCAAGACCGUCGUCUGUGUACGUCACCCCGUGGGGGUGAUUUCCGGCUCGGGAGGGGUUUCGCGUGAGCCGCGUGCCCCGCGUGCCCCGCUCGCCGCUCCUCCGAAAAUGCUCGCGGGAAAUGAUCGCGGUAGUGCCGAGUGAUGACGAUUGGCGAUUGGCGAAUUGUCCGUAACACGACUAGAUGAUGACGGAUUCCCCGACACCAUCGACCAGCAGACAUCACGACGAUAAAUGCGACAAGCCCGAGAGAUCCGAUAAGACGGUGUUGCUGCAAAUCCAGGACAUAAACAGCCAGGUAGCGCAGUUCCGAGAUUUGCUCAUUAAUAUCGGACAGCCGCGCGACUGUCCGGAACUGCGUGAAAAAAUACGGAAGCUGCGUCGUAGCUGCGUGGAGGCUUGCAAGAGCACGUCUCAACUGGUACUGCCGCACGUACAAAGCGCUAUGGACGUCGGGAUACCGGUCGACAGUCCAAAUCUGGUGCUGUUGUUUUACGUGGCUCAACUCUUCUUACGCGAACUGCACAAGAGUAAAAACCUCAUACGAAUUAUACCUAUGGACAUGUCCGGAUAUUACGAGAGCCGCGCCGGUCCCUCGUAUAUCGGCAAUGUGGUCUCGCAGAUCCUCCUGUGCAAACAGAUUAGACCGGACUUCAAUGAGGAGGAGCUCUGCAGCAUCCGAAAGGACUCGGAAGAGAUCGGCCAGCUGAUAGCGGAACUACAAGAAUUUAUGCCCCAAUCCGAGGCUGACACGGGUACAAUUUUGCCGAGAAACCCGUGGCCCUACACAAUCCUGGGAACAAAAUCAAUCGGAACAACGGGACACGGAGGAUGCAUCGAUGGAGCAACAGAGACCGGCAAUCGUCCUACUUCCGCAACGGUUUUAGAUUUCUAUGCUGCGCCGCGAGCACUAAUUACGUUUAACGUACAUAUAAUUCAUUUCGAUUCAUUAAAACGUAAUAUAGUUCCGAUUGUAUGAAUAAUUAAUAUGCACCGAUAUUUUCGCAGUGAUUUUGAUGCUAAAUUCCCUGAAAUAAAGUCAAUAGGAAUCAAUCGGCGGUUUUCGGCUCGAAAGAGACGGGCUUCGCGGAGAAGAGAUCCCGUUUACAUAAAGUAUCCUGAGAAAGAUGUAUAGCACUACGGCGGUUUAUCCUCGAAAGAACCUCAGAUUGCUUCUUCUUCGACGGUACUUUAAUAUCGCGUCUCUCCACUUAUCGUAAUAUCUCAAUUAUUUUCCACAUCAUUAAUAUACGUCUCUCUUGGGAUACUCUCUCUGGGAAGGCAACGGAUAAAAAGCGUCGCAACGAUAACGUCGAUACACCUCGAGGCCUAACCGAGAGGCCUAAACCUAUCCCCCGCUUGAGAAAAUAUAUCCUUGGAACAAACUUUUAACUCACGUAUAGCUGGUGACAAUCAAAGUAGAAAGCUCGAGAACUCUAAUACCGAAAAUUAUUUGCAAGUCGCGCCGCGUCGGACACAGAUGGCGGGAAGGAUGGAUAAGAAAGGAAAAAAGGGAAUUUCAGCACCUUUUUACGUCUUUCAGCAAGAAUUCUAGUGGCACUCGAUAUUGCUCCCAUUUUUUUGGACGUUCUUCUAUUCUCUCCUAAGAAUCUCCCUGCCCCGUUAAAUUUUCAAUUCGCGGACAAAGGGACUUCGGAAAGCGCCCUUCGUUCGAGCCCACUCGAAAAAUCGUUUCAUCAAUCCCGCUACGAUUGCUCGCAAUUAUGCUAACUCCAGAAUUUUCCUUCAAUUCAAUAAAAUCUCUCGCGGCGAUCGAUUUUCCCAGUUCGUUCAAUGCGUUCGCGAUCUGUCGAUCGCAUCGCGAAUCUGAUAAUCGAUGAUUUUGACAAAAGCUGUGUCGCUCGUAAUCAAAACUAGCUCGUAAUCUCCGAUCGGAUCUUAAAUAUAAUUCCCGGUAUAUAUUACGGAAUUCUAGGCGAAACACGUACGAAUAUAUCAUCAGAGAAUAACGCAUCUCUAUGUCGAGUCAAAGCGGUAGAUGUCUACGUUGUGGAGCAAUUAUAAUAUUCUAGCGUAUUUACAAGUGAGUGGACCAACCUCGAUCUAUUUAUAACGCGCGAUGGACGCGCACGCAUUGUAGCCCUAGAGUACGCGCGUUUCGCAUAUCUCGCCUAUAUAUUAUAUAUAUAUAUAUAUAUAUAUAUAUUAUAUAUAUAUAUAUAUAUGUGUGUAUAUAGAGAUCGUCUACAAAGCAAUACAUCGUAGGAGAUACACAGGCGGAGAGAGAAACGUUGCGCGCGCGAGAAGCAAAAUGUGCAUAUGUAUAAAUGAAUAUAGAUGAAUAUAGCGCGUCCACUACAUUACUCUCUCUCUCUCUCUCUCUCUCUCUCUCUCGCGUCAAAGAUAUACAGCGAGAAGCACCAUCGCGUUACGUCGUAACUUUUAAUCCGAAACAGUCGUCAUAUUAUAUUUAACAGGGAAUAAAAGAGAAGUGGAAGAAGGACACUUCUCCAAGCUUUAACGAGGAACUCUUAUUUCGGAAGGUCGCGUCUGGCGCGCUUUAAUUUUGCGACGAUGAAUCCCCAGACGUGAUAUCAUUAAUGUAAAGAGGAUAUUUUUGUAUUUUUCAUGUAAAACUAAAACAUUACCGUUUCGGGUUAACAGCGAUACUGCGACGACCAGCCAACGGAUGUCUAUGAAGAAAGAGAGAGAGAGAAGAGAUCGAUACUUUGACAGAGCGUCGAACAACCGUAUACAUUUACGACCGCAAUAAUGUAACGUAAAAGAUACGAGAUAUUUUGUUACUUUCUCUUUUUAUCGAAUAUUCCGACAUACUUUUUUAAAAAUAUUCCCCCCACGAUCGCGCACCUUUGAGUCUCUCCUAUGUUAAUUAUUACGUUCACCAAGUUGUCAUACGUGAUAUCUCAAACGGCGGCUCGAUUGAGUUGUUACGUAUGCAAAUUAGAUUAAGAUUGUACAAUGCGCGCAAAAAAAACAGGAGAGAGUGACUAUUAUAUUUUAUAUGAGCGUCGCGUAUCGAUGGAAAAGCAUAGAAGCCGGUUUUGCUGCGCGAAAAGAACAGUUCUCCUCAAGCAUCUAAAAAUAAGGCCAGAUACAGAUCUGAAAAUAAUUUUGCUGGGCCAUCGAAAUAAUUUUGUAGCACGUUCAAAUUGAUUGUUGGAAUACUCAAAAACUAUCAUCAUCAUCCUUAAGUGUCCUAUAAUUUUGAUCCUGAUAAUUUUGAUGGUCCUGAUAAUUUUGAUAAAAUUAUUUUCAGGUCCGUACCUGAUCGAAAUUUUAGAUACUUCAACAAAACAAUUCCUCUCCGUGUGCGAAACAAUGGCGUGGAAGAAUGAACGAUCAGCGUAUUGCUCUUCUCCUAUUCCAAGUGACGCGAGAUUGUGACGUUCGAUUAAAUUACACAUAUCAAUUAUGAUCGGGAUCGGAAACACGAUCGACGAUCCCCGAUCGGGUCAUUUACCUAAUAACCGUUAGCCUCGGGAUGUUGUGCAUGGAAUAAUCGAAUUCGAAUCGUUUCUAUCGAAAAGCGGCCAUUCUUGAACGUCCGAUUGAUCCGAGUGGACGAUUGUAUCACUUCUCGUAUUAGCGAUUCGAUCAUUUCUGCGUUCCUUUAGUCCUAUCUAUGGUGCAAAAAAGGGACCGAACUACUCGAAUAUUUCACUUCGUCGAAUUUUCGUUUGAGGGAACAUUAAUAAAAAAAAAAAAAGAAAGAAAGAAGAAAAGAUAUUAGCGCUGAUAUAUCGUAUUUUUAGGCAAUAGCGAAGAGAGAUGUGAGCGUUAGAAACCGACUCAAGCUCGUAAAGUGGCGCGAAUAGCGAAAUCAAAUUAUAAUAAAAUAUAAUGUAUUAUGUUGACGAAAUAAACUUGAAUCGUUCGACUCGAA